UUUCUAUAUUUUGGUUUUGUAAGUGGUGAAAACUAUAAUGUACUUGAUUUUGGUGCUAAAGGAGAUGGUAAAACUGAUGAUUCAAAGGCUUUCAUAAAAGCAUGGAAAACUAUGUGUGGAGAUGAAGGAGACACAAAAACAAUUUUAGUACCCUCAAGUCAAACUUUCUUACUUCAACCUCUUCAGUUUCAAGGUCCUUGUGGAUCUUCUCCUGUGUUUCAGAUGGACGGCGAAAUUGUUGCACCUAGUGACGAAAGUUUGUGGUUGAACUUGGAUCAAAAAUCUAAAAAGUGGAUAUCUUUUUCGAAUGUAAAUGAUCUAACGGUCGUUGGUUCUGGAAGUAUCAAUGGAUUUGGUUCAUCUUUUUGGGAGUCAUUAGAUUUUAACAAUUGUAAUAACCUCAAGAUAAGCGGAAUAACUUCUAAAGACAGCCCAAGAAAUCAUAUAUCAAUCGAUAGUUGUAACAUAGUUAUGAUAUCGAAUAUACAACUCUUUGCACCUGAAACAAGUCCUAACACUGAUGGAAUUGAUAUAUCCACCUCGACGAAUGUUGACAUAUCGAAAUCUACCAUUGGAACUGGAGAUGAUUGUAUAGCUUUAAACACAGGAUGUGUGAAUAUUAACAUCACAGAGAUUGUUUGUGGGCCUGGUCAUGGAAUAAGUAUUGGAAGUCUGGGAGCUAAUGGACAAGUAGCUAAAGUUGAAAACGUUCAAGUGACUCAUUGCAUUUUCAACAAGACAACAAAUGGAGCUAGGAUCAAAACUUGUCAGGGUGGAGAAGGAUAUGUUAAGCAUAUAUAUUUUGAGCACAUUACCAUCAUUGAUGCAAAGAAUCCGAUUAUAAUCGACCAACACUAUGUUGAUAAAGGACAUAGCAGUUUCGAAUCUAACAAGGAUUCAGAAGCUGUGGCGAUUAGCGAUGUAAAAUUCAUUGAUUUUCAUGGAACGACGCCAAAUGAAAAUAUUAUAACACUAAAUUGCAGCAAAAUCAAGCCUUGCAAAAACAUAGUUUUUAACGAUAUCAAUAUUACUACAGAGGAAGGGGGAAAGCCCAAAAGUGAUUGCAACUAUGUGAUGGGAAAUUCUGAAUGGCAUUACCUUUAA